GUUGAAGCGAAUCUCCAUUGACCCCUCAACCAAUUCCAGUCCCUGCAUGGAUGGGCCGGGAUACCUAUCGCCCCGACCGAUCACACCUCCGGCGCAUUUUGUCGUGUCCAUGUGAGCUGAUGUCACGCUUUUCCGGAUAGCCUGGCGCGUGCAAUCGCUUGAUGAAAGGGGUGAUUUUCAGUUCCAGAUUUUACCCAUUAUCAUUGCGCUGCUCGGCCCUUGAUGCCCACGACAGUGGUCGACCACACAGCACCAUCCAUAUUUUGAAUCUUCGUUGUCAGACCCCCUACUCCUUCCGAUACCCCAAUACCGCCUUGCAACGGCAGCUCUCAGGCCUCCAAUCAUGACCAGCGACAAACUCCGUGUCGUAAUCGUCGGUGCCGGCUUCGGCGGGCUUACGGCUGCCAUUGAAUGCCGGCAACGAGGCAUGGACGUAACCAUCCUUGAGAUAUACCCCACGAGCUUGGCCUACGGGGACAUCAUAGACUUCUUCCCGAAUGGCGGCCGGAUCAUCGAAAGCUGGGAGAACGGCCGGGUCGGUCGGGAUCUCAUGCAGAUCUGUAUAAACCAGGGCGACCGGUUCCAGUACUGCAGGGCCAACGGCACUGUGAUCUGGGAGGAGGACUGGAUCCUGGAGCCUCAUCACUUCUGGAAGCAAUAUGCCGGCCACCGCGGGCAGAUGCACAAGGUCAUCCUCGACUACGCGGAGGAAGUCGGCGUGAAGUUCGAGUUUGGCGACCGCGUUGUGCAGUACCUUGAUGAUGGCGACAAGCCGAGCGUCGUCACGGCCAGCGGCAAAACAUACGUUGCGGACGUCGUGGUGGCUGCUGACGGUCCCCGUUCUACUGCUCGCCAGCAGGUCCUCGGCCUACUGGACACAAAGGUCAACAGUGGCUAUGCUAUCUUCCGCGCCUACUUCUCCUUGACCGAGGAGCACAGACAAAAUCCACACCUGAAAGACUUUUGCGACCCGACAGUCGACACGACCAAGUUGUGGGUUACCAAGGACCUGCAUAUGAUCAUCUACACUUGGAACAAGGGGAGGGAUCUUGGCUGGGUUCUAACACACAAGGACACGGCAGAUAUCGGCGAGUCCUGGUCGUUUCCAGGCAAGAAAGAAGACGUCUUCGCGUGCCUUGCCGAGGGCGGCUUCGAGCAGAAACUCGUCGAGGUCGUCAAGGCCACUCCAGAGGAACACCUGGUCGACUACAAGCUCGUGUGGCGGGACCCGCUGAAGACGUGGCUCAGUCCCUCGGCGCGGAUCGUGCUGAUAGGAGACGCGGCGCAUUGUCAUCUUCCCACCUCUGCGCAAGGCGGUUCGCAGGCCAUGGAGGAUGGCGUCGCGCUAGCCAUCGCGCUGAAGCGGGCAAACGGCGACGUGCCCCUUGGUCUGCGGGUGUUUGAGAGGAUCCGCUUCAACCGGUCGCACGUCACGCAUAUGGCUUCCAUCACAACCAGAGACGGGUACCACAAUGUCGACUGGGACGGUGAGGAGAUCAAGAAGAACCCCCAGAUUCUUAAUCUCCCGCGCCCGGAGUGGGUGAUUGAGUACGACAUUGAGAGCGAGGCAGAGAAGCACUUUGAUCACUUGGCCGCGGACGUGAAGAGCUACAAACAGGGCAGCAUCGAAGAAUUGGCUCUUCCUGCGGGCGGCGACUACCUCCUUGAGAGUAGAAAAGUCGGGCAAGCCAAGGUGGCAAUUAGAUAA